UUCCGAUCUCGCUCUUCCGCGAUUAUUAUAUUCCCCAGUCGCUGGCUGCAGGGCUUUUCGUUGUACAGUAGUCACCUUGAGUUCAAUCUUACCUUUUCAGAGUCUCAUUGCUUUUAUUACUACCCAAAUCCGCCACCAUGUCGGGCGCAGCAUCUAAAGGCCUCGCCCGGGCCCUGCGCCAGGUAAAGAGACCUUCAAUCUCUCGAAGUCGACAACCUCAGGCCGUCCGAACCCUUCAUGAGCCCAUACGAACCUUCUCCUGUACAUCGCGGCGGCGGGAAGACCUGAGUGAGCCUGGCCAUGACGUAAGAUAUACCACCGACAUGUACCCUACGCUCAAGCGAGAUCCCAAAUAUGCGGAUAUCACAUCCGAACAUGUCGAGUUCUUCAAGUCGGCAUUGGGUGAAGAGGCAGCCGUGGUCGAUGGUGUAUCACAAGAUGCAACUGAUGACCUUGAGGCGUUCAACAGAGAUUGGAUGAAAAAGUACAGGGGGCACACCAAGCUAGUAUUGAGACCAAAGAGCACGGAAGAAGUGAGCAAGGUAUUGAAAUACUGCAACGACAAUAAGCUGGCUGUCGUUCCCCAAGGAGGAAACUCAGGUUUGGUCGGAGGCAGUGUACCAGUGUUCGAUGAGAUUGUCAUCUCGUUAGGGCGCAUGAACAAGAUCCGCAGUUUCGACGACGUCAGUGGUAUCCUCGUUGUUGAUGGAGGUGUCAUCCUCGAGGUGGCCGACAACUUUCUCGCUGAACAUCACCAUCUGUUCCCUCUUGAUCUAGGCGCGAAAGGAUCUUGCCAAAUUGGUGGUAAUGUGGCUACGAAUGCAGGAGGUCUCAGACUAUUACGAUAUGGCUCGCUGCACGGUAAUGUCCUCGGUCUCGAGGCCGUCCUACCUGAUGGCACUAUCGUCGACGAUCUGUCUAAACUCCGAAAGAACAACACUGGCUAUGACCUCAAACAGCUCUUUAUUGGCGGCGAAGGCACCAUUGGAAUUAUUACCGGCGUGUCCGUGCAAUGCCCACAACGAUCAAAGGCCGUCAACGUCGCCUACUUCGGUCUGCCGUCAUUCGAACAUGUUCAAAAAGCAUUCAAGGAAGCCAAAAUUCAACUCGGCGAGAUCCUGUCCGCCUUCGAGCUGAUGGAUUCCCAGAGUCAGGGAUUCGUGCAUCGGGUCACUGGCAACAAACGACCACUUGAAGGAGAACAUCCAUUCUACUGCUUGAUCGAGACGAGUGGUUCAAAUACUGAACAUGACAGUGAAAAACUGGAAAAGUUCCUGGAACACGUCAUGGGCGAGGAGAUCGUCUCCGAUGGCGUUGUGGCUGAAAAUGAAACUCAACUCAGGGCUCUAUGGGGAUGGAGAGAAGGCAUCACAGAGGCGAUUGGACACUUUGGCGGCACAUAUAAGUAUGACCUGUCGAUACCACUUUCGGAUCUCUACAAGCUGGUCGAGGAGACGCGGGAGAGAUUGACCUCAAAAGGUCUGAUAGGUGAUGACGAUUCACAUCCAGCCCUUGGUGUCGUUGGCUAUGGCCACAUGGGUGAUUCGAACCUACACUUGAACGUCCCGGUCAGACGAUACACGAAAGAAGUCGAGGAGGCCAUCGAACCCUGGGUAUACGAAUGGGUCCAGAAAAGAAACGGAAGUAUCAGUGCUGAACACGGUCUCGGCAUAGCGAAAAAGAAGUACAUUGGGUACAGUCGGAGCGAGAACAUGAUCAAGCUGAUGAAGCAGAUUAAGAACUUAUACGAUCCCAACGGCAUCAUGAAUCCAUACAAAUAUAUAUAGUGUGCGUGCUGGUCGGGAGACUCGCUGCAACGAAUAUACAGAUGGAAACCCAAGAACCACAUCACCAUUUUGUGUUGUCCUACCGGUCAGUCAACGGUAACCCCAGUCUUGUCAAAGCAAGCUUUGCUAGCCAGACUCCCGACAUUCGCAGACGUCAGCAAUUCCUUCUCCAUGCGGGGAAAGACGGGUGGGCCAGCGGCGUUUU